UCCCUGGCGCGUCAGGUGGGGGAGUGACGUCAGCACCUGGCCGAGCCCUGCUCGCUCUUCGUAGUCUUCGUCGAGCUGCGAGCGAACAUGGCCGCCACGUAAAAUGUAUCGCAUGAAUUUUUACGAAUCGACGUGUCUGCGAUGCCAGCAGACCGUCUACCAGGUGGACCGGGUGGGCCCUCUGAAGGACUUCAGCUUCUUCCACAGCGGGUGCUUCAAGUGCGCGGCGUGCGGCACCAAGUUGACCCUAAAGACCUACUUGAACAGUCAACACAGCCAGGAUGACAAAGAGGUCUACUGCAGCAGUCACGUCCCAAAGAGCGGCCCCGGACACCUGGAUGGCCAGGCCGUCGGCAUCCGCUCGGCCCUCAACGUUCCGCGAUCGUCGCCCGUUGUCAACGAGCAGAUCCGCGGCUCAGGGCGCGCGGGCACCUUCGACGCAGAGGCUCUCAACAUCCGGUCGCACCUGAGCAAUGGGCAUUCAUAUCACCAGAGCGGCGCCCUGGACGCGUCAACAGCCUCGGCGUCGUUGGCGGCCGCGGCCGCCGUGCACCACCACGAGUACGGCCGCUUCGACGCGAGCGCCCUGCACAUCGCGCACGCCCUCAGGGCCACCGAAAUCCAGAAGGCGUACAACAAGGCCCGCGAAAAGCCCAUCGACUACUACCUGGACAAAGACGAGCAGACGCGGCUCGAGAUGAAACACCGUAAGGAGGAAGAUGACCUGUACAGAAAAUUCGCGCGCCAACGAGAAGAGGAGGACAAACGGAUGAAGGACGAAAUCAGGGCAAAAUGGGAGAAGGAGCUAGAAGUUCUGACAACGCGCUUUGAGCGCGAAAUCCGAGGCAGACGGCGCGCCGACGAGCACCGAGUGCUGACGCUGAAAAUGCAGCAGGAACGCGACGACCUGGAGAAGAACAUGACACUGCGGCGCGACAAGCGCAAGGAGAGUCUGACGCGGAAGUUGCUGGAGCACGAGCGGGCCGCGACGGCCGCCCUCGUCGAGAAGCAGAGUCGAGAGAUGUUGGAGCUGAUCAACGAGAAGCGCUCCGAGUACAUGAUGGCCGAGUCGCUGUACCUGGACGAGGGCGACGGCCUCACCGAGGGCACGCCACCCCUGCCCUACCCCAGCAUCCCCCCGGCGGCGUGUCCGCCCGCCGUCCCCAAGUUCCAGCUCUACCAGGACCCCAUCGAGUUCUCCGACAUUGACCAGAUCGCGAUCUCGGUGGCCCAGGAGGACCAGAAGACCUUCACCGACUUGGUGCGCCAACUCGUUGGCCGCUGCGGCUCCGACGUUGAGAAGGCGAGGACCAUUUUCAGGUGGAUUACGGUGAAAAACCUGAAUACGAUGACCUUCGACGACAACAUGCGGGGCGACACGCCGAUGGGUCUGCUGCGGGGCAUCAAGCACGGCACCGAGAGUUACCACGUGUUGUUCAAGCGGCUGUGCUCGUACGCGGGUCUGCACUGCGUCGUGAUCAAGGGCUACUCCAAGUCGGCCGGCUACCAGCCGGGGGUGCGUUUCGAGGACAACCGGUUCCGCAACUCGUGGAACGCCGUGUACGUGGCGGGCGCGUGGCGCUUCGUGCAGUGCAACUGGGGCGCCAGGCACCUGGUAAACGCCAAGGAGGCGCCGGCGCGCGGCAAGUCAGACGCGCUGCGCUACGAGUAUGACGACCACUACUUCCUCACCGACCCUCGCGAGUUCAUCUACGAGUUCUUCCCGCUGCAGCAGGAAUGGCAGCUGCUCAAGAACCCCAUCAGCCUCACCGACUUCGAGGAGCUGCCGUUCGUGCGCUCGCUCUUCUUCCGUUACGGCCUCUACUUCCCGGACAGGAAUACCAAGGCGGUCAUGGUCACCGACUCGACCGGCGCCGCCACCGUACGCAUCGCCAUGCCCGCGCACAUGCAGCAGAGCCUCAUAUUUCAUUACAACCUCAAGUUCUUCGACAGCGACGGCGACACUUACGACGCAGUCAGUCUCAAGAGAUUUGUCAUGCAAUCUGUUGUUGGAAACAUCGUGGCAUUCAGGGUACACGCGCCAAGGUCAGGCACCUUGUUGCUGGACAUUUUUGCAAACGCUGUGACGCCGCGAGAGUACCUGACUGGCGAACCCAUGAAAUUCAAGAGCGUUUGCAAGUUCAGGAUCGCCUGCGAGGAGCUGCAGACUGUGAUGGUUCCUUUACCCGACUGUGCUAGUGGAGAAUGGGGCCCAACAAAGGCGACGCGCUUGUUUGGCCUGAUACCGGUGACGCACCAGGACGCUCUAGUGUUCGCCGGCCGGGAGUUAGAGCUGCAGUUCCGCAUGUCCCGGCCACUCACCGACUUCAUGGCCACUCUGCACAAAAACGGCGUCGAGGAGAAAAAGCUGGGCCGCUACGUGGCGUACACGGUGACCGGCGACCUGGUGACCUUCAAUAUUUCGUUCCCCGAGGAGGGCCAGUACGGUCUGGAUGUGUACACACGCGAGGGCCAGAGCACCGAGGGCGAAAAACACCUGCUGACCCACUGCUGCAAGUACCUCAUCAACUCCUCCAAGAGGAAUUAAAAAAUUACGAGAAAAAUAAACAAUUUAAAAUUAAUUACGAAAUUUACGAAUAAAACGAGAAAAACACCGGAAACCAACUAAAAAGCGUAAAAGUAAAAAUAAAAAAGUGAAGAAGAGAAAUAAAAACUGACAACGAUGACCGACCACUAACACACCCCUACUCUAUUGCGAUAUAUAUUUUUUGUAAAAUAAUAGCUUUCUACAUUGCUUAUCAUUGUUUAUUAUGAUGAAUAAAGAGUCUAAUUUUAUUUAACGGCACAAAUAAACAAACGUGUAUAUCUACCGA